AUGGACUUUCUGUUGGGUCAUGUAGAGGCUGACGACGGAGGCGAAUCACGCGGGGAGAAAAUGGUCCCCAGAAUCGGCAAGGUAGCCUCCGUGGCUUCCUCUCGCGAACGCACAAGAUCCCCCCUGCGACAACCUGAGCUCCCUUCGCGCUCCCACGAGAGGCGACCCUUUGGAGGAACAGGUAGUGACAGCGCCAGAAUAAUACAGGAGUUGCGCCACAGAAUGCAAAACCUGGAGCGGGAGGUGGCUAGCAGAGAGCGCCACCAACCAGCUCCGAGGCAAGAGCGUUCUCGAUCUCCUCAAAGGAGAGGGAGAAGCCCCCGAAGGAGCCGCUCCAGAUGCACCCCGAGCCCCCGAUCGGAGUCAGAAAGCCAAGGAGAAAGCAGGGAAGUGCCGAGAAGACGGCGAGAUCCCAUAAGUUACACCCGACCUCCGACAAGAAAUACCGUGGAGGAAAAUCGAGAGGACAGCAGAGAAAGACCAAGGAGAAGGUGA